AAUAUUAACACUGACAUGAACGUCAACCCAAACACCGUGCAAGCAUGUGGAGGGUGUAGAACGAGAUAGUAAGAAGGAAGACACCAUUUUCCACAGAGAGACAAAGCACGGGGACGACAGUUACAGACGGAUCCACGAUGUCAGGGGAGAGGGAAAUUGGAGAGUUGGAAGCAGUGGGACCGCUGUACCUCGGGUGCCAUCGCGGAAGGCCUUGGAGACAUGCUUGGGUGUCCAGCACAGGCCCUCAUGGCGGUCGUCCUCGUCAAGCCCCAACACCAGCCGCCCGAUGGCCAGUGGCGUCCUGUCGCAGCUGUACCACCAGGGCGUGGAGGUCGACGCGCUGGUGCGGGUCGAGGUGCGUGCGUUGCGUCACAGUAAAUCCUUUGUUCGUCGACGGACACGGUGUAGAGAAACAAACUCUUGGGAGGAUCCGGUGGUAGCGCAUCUUCACGCCCGACCAGUGCUCACGGCUGUGCUGCCGCUCUACGUUGCCAUGAUGCUGGACCGUGAGCCAGCCGUGGGCCGCGCGGCGGAGGCUCGGCUCCGCGCCGCGGAGGCAGAGCUGGAGCGCGCCCGCCGCCGCGGCGCGGAUCUGGAGGAGCGGCUCCGGCAGCUGGCCGGGGAGGGCCAGGCGUGGCUGGGAGUCGCCAGGAGCCACGAGGCCGUCGCCGCUGGCCUCCGCGCCACGCUCGACAAGGUGCUCUAGCAGCCCGCCGUCGCCGCCGUCGGCGGAGGAGAAUGCGGCGUGGCGGAGGACGCGCAGUCCUGCUGCUUC